GGGGUGAAACCGGUACGGAAGGUUCUGUUCAGUUCGAUUCGGUUUCCGGUUUCGGUUCCCGAACCAGUUUUUUCCCACCUCUAGGUCAGAAUAGGUCAAGAUAAACCCCCAAAAUAGAUACUUGAACAAGAGCUUAUCGUCUGCAAAUCUGCAAUUGGGGUUAGGGUUUUCUUCGUUGAAGAACCACAAUUACGAACUACAAUCUGCCGAUCAACAGUUCUUCCUGCAGACAACAGUUCUUCACCACCAGUUCUUGCUAAUUGUCAACCUUAGUAGAAAUUGAGGUGCCUGCCUAUCUGUUGUUUUAUUGAAAUUACGCCAGUUUUAAACCUAAUAUUUGAGUUUCCGGUUACAUUUGGGAAAAAAUAUGCUUUUGUUACUUGUGUAUGCGAAUUACAGGCUAUUGUUUGAGGACCAUGGAUUAUGGUUGUCGGAGCAAGCAUCUUGAAGGCUGAACCAGUGCCUCUCCUUUAAGUUUUGGUGAAAUGGCAAAACAAGCUCAAACAUUCUUUCUCGAAGAAUGGAUUCAAACAAAUAGUGGCAGCACCGCUAUUAACAAAACCACCACCCCUCAAUCAGCUCGAGCCAUCAUCCAAGCAUGGGCCCAUCUUCGGGAUUCACUCACCCAAAAAUCAUUCACACAACAACACUAUCAGUCUUUACAGACGUUAAUGAACUCCGGAAUCUCCCUUUACGUUGCUGAUCCACAAGUCAAACUCGUAAUCUCUUUUCUCUCAGCGUCACACCUGUCGUUACCUUCGGAAUCCUACCCCCUUUUCCUUCGGCUUUUAUACAUAUGGGUUCGGAAAUCGUCUAAACCGUCUCUCGCACUUGUUCAUUCUUCCAUAGACGUCGUUCUUCACCUCUUUUCGUCUCAACCUGUCACCGUAAAGCUCUUCACCGAAGGGAUUCUUCUUCUUGGCGCUUUUACGUUUCUGCCCUCGACAUCUCACGAGAAACGAACACAGUGUUUGGAUUUGUUUUGUAAACUACUCGAACAAGAUUACAACUUGUUUGACGAUCUUGUCCCCAAUGUACUUGCGGGAAUGGGUUACGCUCUAUCGUCGUGUGGGGCGAUUCAUUUUACUCGAAUUCUCGAUUCGCUUUUCGGAAUUUGGAAUAAACAAGGUGGGCCCUCGGUUAGCGUGUCGCAUGGUCUAAUGGUACUGCAUCUUGUCGAAUGGGUUCUUUAUAAUUGCAUUCAAUCACAGUCGUUCGAGAAAAUUGCCACUUUCGCACGACAGAUUCUCGAAGCUUCCAACGCACGAUACGCCCCGUUUUCUGUUGUCAUGGGUGCAGCAGGAGCCUUGCGGGCCUCUAAUAGGUCCGUAUCAACCGGUCUAAUGGAAUUAAGAAGUUCCGCUGAAAACCGAAUCGAAAUCAUUGCUAAUGAUAUAGUUUCGAAAAAUGUAAAUGAAGCUAAAGACGGUGUUCUGCUUCAAUGUAUGUCAUUAGCUUUAGCUCGAAGCGGUGAUGUUUUCUCUAGCGAUUCGUUGCUUCUAUGUCUUGCUUCAGCGCUAUUGACCGAAAUCUUUCCGUUUACGCGGUUUUAUUCAAAGAUUCUUGAAGUUCGUGUCAAUUUUAGUACCACCGGGAUUCACGAAGUUAACGAACAUUUGCAAAGUAUUAUUUUCAAGGAAGCGGGAAUGAUAACUAAUGUUUUCUGCAAACAAUAUGCCCGAGCCAGUGAAGGUACUAAAACCGAAGUCGAGAAUCUUAUAUGGGACUUUUGUCAAGAUGUUUACAUGUCACAUCGCCAGGUGGUGUUAAUGCUUCGAGGGAAAAAUGAAGACUUGAUUCAAGAUUUGGAGGAAAUAACCUUACGUGCGUUUUAUAUGGUCGUCUUCUUUGCUUUGGCUGUCACUAAACAGAAGUUAGUCCCUAAUGUUCCUAGAGAAAUCCAGCUGGAUAUAUCGGUGAAGAUAUUAAUUUCGUUUUCUUGUUUGGAGUAUUUUCGACGGAUGAGAUUGUCUGAAUAUAUGGAUACGAUUAGGGCUGUCGCCGGAAGUGUUCAAGAAGACCAGAUAGCUUGUGUUUCGUUUGUUGAGUCGAUACCUUCGUAUGGUGAUUUGACCAAAGUACAUGUAUCCUCAAACAAAAUGGAGUUUACAUGGUCUAAAGACGAGAUGCAGACUUCUAGAAUCUUAUUUUAUUUGCGUGUGAUUCCGACCUGCGCAGAAUGCAUACCGGCUCCGGUGUUCAGAAAGACUGUGGCUCCCAUUCUUUUUUUAUACAUGGGACACCCAAAUGAGAAAGUGACCCGAGCCUCACAUUCAACGUUUGUGGCUUUCAUUUCCUCCGGCAAAGAUGUUGAUAGCGAACGAGUUUUAUUGAAGGAGCAACUUGUUUACUAUUACAUGCAGAGAUCAUUAGAGGGAUAUCCGGGUGUAACCCCUUUUGAAGGUAUGGCAUCUGGUGUUGCUGCUUUGGUUCGGUAUCUUCCAGCUGGAAGUCCGUCAAUCUUUUACUGUGUUCACUCUCUCGUGGAGAAAGCUAGCAGCCUAUGCAAUGAAUGGAAAGAUUUAGAUGAUGAACCGGAGCCGUGUAAGAAGCUUCUAGAUUUACUACUAAGACUUCUCUCAUUGGUCGAUAUACAGGUGUUGCCAAGUUUAAUGAAGCUGUUGGCACAGUUGGUUGUGCAGCUUCCGGAAGACGGUCAAAACAUGGUUCUAAAUGACUUGUAUGCUCAAGUGUCGGAUUCUGAUGAUGUUACUCGCAAACCAGCACUUGUUUCUUGGGUGCAGUCGUUAUCUUAUCUCUCGUCUCAAGCUACAAUCAACGGUGCAACCAAACGACCAGAAAGCUCUGGUGCAAAGUCUUGGAAUAAGGGCAGAUUGCUUGGAUUGAAUAGGAUUUUCGCACGACUGUAGGACAUAUUCGGGGUCGUUUUGGUCUGUUAGGAGUUUACGAGCCCGUGAUCAGAAGAGGUAUGUACUUGUGUUGUUGUGGCAUCCGAAUAAUCGAUUUAGUACUUCAUGUGGAGUUAUUGUAUCCUAUAUUUGUUAUCAAAUUUGUUGCAUAUGAAGUGUACAUAAUGUUUUAGGCUGUUUUAAAUAAUAAAUAUGCGUUUGAACUUUGAACCCA